AUGGCGGGGGGCGUCGCGAGAACGGGCUUUGGUGGCUUGCUGGGUAGCGAUAGCGAUGCUUUUACCAUGUGCUCCAGAUCAAGACGCUGCCCCUGGAUUUCGGUAAACGACAAUUUGCAAUGGCAAAGCGCAGAGCAGCCGUCUCAUAAACCUGGUGUCCGCCCAUCGACACAGCAGCCUCACCGCAACACAUCACACCCACAAGAGACUUCCACGGCGGAUCUCUGGCAGCCUUCACACCUGACAUCUUGCCGCAUACCCUCGGUAGCUUCUGGCCCCCAGAGGCUAUCUGCUGCGAGCUACGUCAUCCUGCACUUGAGCCAUCGCGAUCCCACUAACACACCAUCACCCGCCAUUUCAGCACUCGUCGGCUUUCACAUGUUUCCCGAUAAGGACUUCUUCGAACCCUUUCCGCAAUUCGACAAACCUUUGGCCGUGUGGGAUCUGAGAGACGGGGCGUGGACAACUCUUGCGUUCCAUUAUAUGCAUCCGAAAUCGCCCGAAGUGCUUCCCCGCAUCCCGAGUGCGCAUCGCCGGCUACAUCAGAGUUAUCAAGCUGUCGGUCAGGAUCCGCAGCAACUUACCUGCCAAGCAUUCAAGUAUAUCAACAUGGCAACCGCAGCCCCCCCGAGAAGGUUCAAGGUUGAGCCACUGGAGACGACAGUCAGGUCGUCCAAGGACAGGUCUGAGCAGGAAUCUGGAGAAAGCCCCAGAGACUUUAGACGAUUUUCUCCAGAGCUGAUUGAGACUACCGAAUCAACCAAUCGUAACUGCUCGCCCGAUACUGUCGAAGAUACUACGAUGAAGACUCGCAAGUGCACGCCCGAGCCUAUUGAGACGACUACAAGUACAAAUAGUGUAUCCGAAGUGGAUACAACGACAUCGAGCCGCAAGUUUGCUCCAGAGCCUAUUGAGACUACCACCAGAACGAAUCGCCGCUUUCACCCAGAGGCAAUCCAGAUCUCCACACGAAAUAGUCGACAAAAGUUCAACAAGGACUGGGAUGAGCAAAUCUCACCCACUGCCGAGAAACGACAGAGGCCCAAGCUGGUAGUAGCCGGCUCAGGUGAAGAUCGACGGCCUAAAAGCGUGUUGAAGAGACCGGGCAAGAAGUUCACGCCCCAAUUGAUUGAGACGGCUCAACGAUAUCGCAAGGCUGGUAGUACUGGCCCUACUCUUCUGCCUUCUGAUAAAACAGAGGCGACUCCUGAGGUCAUUAGUCCUCGAAAGGCGAGAAUACUGGGUAUCCCACCAACACCACCAAAUAACACCCCAACACUUGACCCGCCGCAAAAUCCUCUAUUCUUAGAGAUAGCGUCCGGCAUACAACACAAAAUCUGUCCACUAGCAAGACGGCGUUCAUACUUCAGUUCAUCUCAACAUUCGUUUCGUGUACCGGACUUAGAUCCCAUUGAAUCUUCCGAAUCCGAGGCGUCGACUCCGUCAUCACCAACGACAUCACCGUGGACAACAGACCACUCAUUCAUGUACAAGGAAGCAACACGUAGGCGGGAGAGCGUGGACGAUCGAUCCUCGGGCUAUCUCCUUGAAUUGGCUGCCAAAACAGCCGAAAAACAACUGCGAGAACAGGCCCUGGCUGCGUUCGUUAACAGCGACACUCACGAACAUGUCGAUCACUUCGUAGAUAGGGAAGACACUGAAGGAUCAGCGUCACAUGUCGAAGCACCUGAUCAAUCAUCGUUUACCGAAGUCAACUGGGAAUUGGACGCCAUGCGAAAAUACCAGGAGCAACAAGAGAGCGAAAAGGGCAAACCGAAAGACUCGCAUAGUCAAAAGCGGACAGAACACAUAAAGCCAUCAUUCAAUCCUUUUGGCAAUCCCGCUGGGUUUCUUGACGCCGAAACGUCGAAAAAGCUUGCCGCUGAGAAGAGAGAUCCUGAAAUGGAGCGCAUGCGCAAGGAAGCCCGCCCACCAAUGCUUGGGCAAGACAUUAGGUUUCCACGAUGCCAGUCACCAGAGCCUUCGCGAUUCGAUCCUACGCAGGGCUGCGAUGCUGCGCGAACUGCCAUGUGCUAUCUCUCAGAACAAACCAAAGCAGCGUCCGAGAAGGGCGAAAGUCUUUGGUGUGGACAGGGCAAUGGCAGACAAACAAGCACAACACCAUCGUUGUGGUCCACAGCCAACAGUCGUGCAUCAAGCACGCACGGACUUUGGGGAGGGUUCUGUGUCAACGGCGGCGACAAGUCUCCACGUGGCCCAACUGGCAUACUUACGCCAAAUCAUGAGAAGCCGAAUCCAAUGUCGCCUUGUCCAACCCCUGCGAUGAGCUUGUUACCUCCCACACCACCCGCCUCGGCCUACAAUGGAACCUUUGCUCAGACUGAUUUCUCAAGCAUUGAUGAGAAGCUCGCGGUUGAGCAGACUAUCACUGAAGAAUUUAGUGAUGAUUUUGUUACCCAGGUAUACAACUAUCUGUCCCUGGGCUAUCCAUCAAUGGCGCGACCAUUUGACGAGGAAUUAUCCAAGAUUUCCAAAAUCCCCGUGCAUGAGCUGAGGCAGGAUGACCAUCUUGCGGAAUCUCGAGGCUACAUUCGAUUGGGCAAAGAUGGUAAUCUGAAAGACAGCGAGAUCACAGAAGAGACCUGCAUGCGAUGGCGCGCCUUGCGGAUCUAUAUUCAGGAAUGGGCAAGACAGCAUCCCAAUAUGUCUGAAGAGGAGUUCGGUAAGGGUGGGACUGCUGUUAGGAAGGGUAGCUGGGCUUUGUAG